UUGGUGUGUGGCGGCCAUUUUUCCACCUCACCCUGACAAAUCUGUCAAUAUAGUCACUCCAUCCGCUCCUGUCCUUUUUAAAAUAUCCAACAAGGGCUCCCUCCUGUCUUUUAUUCAUUUAGUUUUUUUAAGAUCCUCCUUAUUUGCAUUUCCUUCCUUUUUUAAAUAUAUGUUUCCUUUUCAGGAUUUUUUUUAAAUGUAAAUUUUCUGUGACCACCCCCCCCCAUAGCUUUAUCUCUCUUCAAAUACAAAUAUAUAUAUAUAUAACUUAACAUUCAAUGAUGCCGGCAUCUUUUGGCAAUGAGGAGGACGGGAUGGAGAACGAUGAGGGAGCCCCAGAGGAAGAGGAGGAGGAGGAGGAGGAAGAGGAAGGUCGUGAAGCAAUGUUUCCAGAAGAAGAACCAGCCAAAGUGAAGAAAAAAAGGAAACCACGGAAACAGAAAGAGAACAAGACUCCCAAAAUGAAGAAGAGAAAGAAGGAGGAGCAGAAGUCCUCCACGUACUUGAUGGAUGACUGGGGUUUGGAAGAUGUGGAUUAUGAGUUCACAGAGGAGGAUUACCACACCCUGACCAACUAUAAAACCUUCAGCCAGUUCCUGAGGCCACUCAUUGCCAAGAAAAAUCCAAAAAUCCCCAUGUCAAAAAUGAUGACAGUGCUUGGUGCAAAGUGGCGGGAAUUCAGUGCCAAUAACCCUUUCAAAGGGACCUCGGUGGCUGCAGCAGAGGUGGCAGCAGCUGCUGUGGCGGCUGCGGUAGAACAGGUGAUCGUGGCUCCAUCCGUACCAAUUCAGGUGCCGCCCCCUGUACAGCCUCCAGCCCCUCUAAGGAAAGCCAAGACCAAAGAAGGAAAAGGGCCAGGGGUCCGGAAGAAAAGCAAAAGUACUCGAGCUGCUGAAUUGAAGAAGAAAGGGAAAGGGAAGAAGAUGGUUUCCCUGAAAAUCAAAUUAGGAGGAUUCAGUGGCAAACGGAAAAAGGAAUCUUCGAGUGAUGAAGAUGACCAUGGUGAAUCUGAUCUGGACAGUGCCAGUGUCCAUAGCUGCUCCGUACGAUCCGAGGGCUCGGCUGGUUUGGGCAAGAGGAGGAGGAAAGGUGGCAAGAGAAAGAAGAAAUUGGAAGAAGGUGAUGGCUAUGAGACAGAUCACCAGGACUACUGUGAAGUUUGCCAGCAAGGAGGGGAAAUUAUUUUGUGUGAUACCUGUCCCAGGGCCUAUCAUUUAGUCUGCCUGGACCCUGAGAUGGAGAAGGCCCCAGAAGGGAAGUGGAGUUGUCUGCACUGUGAAAAGGAAGGAAUUCAGUGGGAGGCCAAAGAGGAUGAAGAGGAUGAAGAUGAAGACGAGGGUGUGGAUGAAGAAGACGACGAUCACAUGGAAUUCUGCCGUGUCUGCAAGGAUGGGGGCGAGCUGCUGUGUUGUGACUCUUGUCCUUCCUCUUAUCACAUUCACUGCCUUAACCCCCCACUGCCCGAGAUCCCAAAUGGGGAGUGGAUUUGUCCUCGUUGCCUGUGCACACCCCUGAAAGGUAAAGUGCAGCGAAUCUUGCACUGGACGUGGGGCUCUCCACCGCCACCACGCACUCCUUCAGGCCUAACAGAUGGAGCUACCGAUGCUGAACAUCCCAAGCCCCUGGAAGGACGACCAGAGCGAGAGUUCUUUGUGAAAUGGGUGGGGCGAUCCUACUGGCACUGUUCUUGGGCCACAGAGCUGCAGCUGGAGCUGUACCACACGGUGAUGUUCCGGAACUUCCAAAGGAAGAACGACAUGGAUGAGCCACCACCAUUCGACUACGGCUCUGGCGAUGAUGAGAAGAGCGAGAAGCGGAAGAAUAAAGAUCCACAGUGUGCGGCAAUGGAGAAGCGGUUCUAUCGAUAUGGCAUCAAACCUGAGUGGCUGAUCAUCCAACGAAUCAUCAACCACAGCUUUGAUAAGAAGGGUGACUUACAUUAUUUGAUUAAAUGGAGGGAUUUGCCAUAUGAUCAGGCUACCUGGGAAUUUGAAGAGUUUGACAUUCCAGAUUAUGACACCAUGAAGGAGAUGUAUUGGAAUCACAGGCAGUUGAUUAUGGGUGAAGACAUACGACCAGUGAGGAAGCUGAACAAGAAAGGACGGAAAGCUGGGGAGUUGAUCUUUGACCCCCCCCCAUGCCAGCCUGUUGUGGAUCCGACCGUGAAGUUUGACAAGCAGCCGGAUUACAUUGAUGCUACUGGAGGCAACUUGCACCCUUACCAGCUGGAGGGUCUGAACUGGCUGCGCUUCUCCUGGGCACAGGGCACAGACACCAUCCUGGCCGAUGAAAUGGGAUUGGGGAAAACUGUUCAAACCAUUGUAUUUCUGUACUCGCUCUUCAAAGAGGGACACUCGAAGGGACCUUUCUUAGUGAGCGCCCCACUGUCAACAAUUAUUAAUUGGGAGCGGGAGUUCAUGAUGUGGGCUCCGUACUUCUAUGUGGUAACUUACACUGGAGACAAAGACUGCAGAGCUGUCAUCCGUGAGAACGAAUUCUGCUUUGAUGAGAAUGUUUUCAAGAGUGGGAAAAAAACCUUCAGGAUGAAGAGUGAGGCACAAAUAAAGUUCCAUGUUCUGCUCACAUCAUAUGAGAUGAUCACCAUUGACCAAACGAUUCUCGGAUCCAUUGACUGGGCAUGUCUCGUGGUAGACGAAGCUCACAGGCUGAAAAAUAACCAGUCCAAAUAUUUCAGGGUGCUAAAUGCUUAUAAAAUCGAUUACAAGCUGCUGUUGACGGGGACACCACUGCAGAAUAACCUGGAGGAACUCUUCCACUUGCUGAACUUCCUCACUCCUCUGCGUUUCAAUAAUCUCGAAGGAUUCUUGGAAGAGUUUGCAGAUAUCUCGAAAGAGGAUCAGAUCAAGAAGCUUCACGACCUCCUGGGUCCACACAUGCUGCGGCGUCUUAAGGCUGAUGUCUUUAAGAACAUGCCAUCAAAGACCGAGCUGAUUGUCCGUGUGGAGCUCAGUUCCAUGCAGAAGAAGUAUUACAAGUUCAUUUUGACCAAAAACUUUGAGGCUCUGAAUUCGAAAGGUGGUGGGAACCAGGUAUCACUCCUGAACAUCAUGAUGGAUCUGAAGAAGUGUUGCAACCAUCCCUACUUGUUUCCAGUGGCUGCAGUGGAAGCCCCCGUGUUGCCAAAUGGAUCAUAUGAUGGGAAUUCACUGGUGAAAUCCUCUGGGAAGCUGAUACUCUUGCAGAAGAUGUUGAAGAAGCUGCACAGCCAGGGCCACAGAGUGUUGAUCUUCUCCCAGAUGACUAAAAUGCUGGAUCUGUUGGAGGAUUUCCUGGAGUAUGACGGAUACAAAUACGAGCGGAUAGAUGGGAGCAUCACUGGCAAUCAACGGCAGGAGGCUAUCGACCGGUUUAACGCCCCAGGAGCCCAACAGUUCUGUUUCCUUCUGUCCACUCGAGCCGGAGGUCUGGGAAUUAACUUGGCCACUGCGGACACAGUUGUAAUUUACGAUUCAGACUGGAACCCCCACAACGACAUUCAGGCAUUCAGCAGGGCUCAUCGUAUCGGCCAGAACAAAAAGGUGAUGAUCUAUCGUUUUGUGACUCGGGCUUCGGUAGAAGAACGUAUCACCCAGGUGGCCAAGAAGAAGAUGAUGUUGACUCAUCUGGUAGUGCGGCCUGGAUUGGGUUCCAAGUCUGGUUCAAUGUCCAAACAAGAGUUGGAUGAUAUCCUCAAGUUUGGCACAGAGGAGCUCUUCAAGGAUGAUGAAGCCGAGAAGGAAGCUGAGGAGAUGCGUAUGAUCCACUACGAUGACCGUGCCAUCUCAAAGCUACUGGAUCGCAAUCAGAACGCAACAGAUGAUGCUGACAUUCAGAAUAUGAACGAGUAUCUCAGCUCCUUCAAAGUAGCUCAGUACGUGGUGCGGGAAGAGGAUGAGCAGGAGGAGGUUGAAAGAGAAAUCAUUAAACAGGAAGAGAACGUGGACCCUGAUUAUUGGGAGAAGCUUCUGAGGCAUCACUAUGAGCAGCAACAAGAGGAUCUCGCCAGGAACCUGGGCAAAGGCAAACGCAUUCGCAAACAAGUCAAUUACAAUGAUGCCUCCCAAGAGGACCAAGAGUGGCAGGACGACCUAUCAGACAACCAGUCUGAAUAUUCUGUGGGCUCAGAGGACGAGGAUGAAGACUUUGAAGAGAAGCUGGAAGCUGGGAGACGACAAUCACGGAGGCAACUUAAGAAUGAAAGAGACAAGCCCCUCCCACCCUUACUGGCUCGAGUUGGUGGGAAUAUUGAGGUUCUUGGAUUCAACGCUCGUCAGCGGAAAGCCUUUGUCAAUGCCAUCAUGCGCUGGGGGAUGCCGCCGCAAGACGCUUUCAACUCUCACUGGCUGGUGCGGGAUCUCCGGGGGAAGAGUGAGAAGGAGUUCCGAGCCUACGUCUCGCUAUUUAUGAGACACUUGUGUGAGCCGGGUGCAGACGGAUCCGAGACCUUUGCAGACGGUGUACCCCGUGAAGGGUUGUCCCGGCAACAUGUGCUCACCAGGAUAGGUGUGAUGUCACUGGUCAGGAAGAAGGUACAGGAGUUUGAAUAUAUCAAUGGGAGGUACAGCACGCCGGAGAUGGUGCCUGAGAACGUGGAGAGCAAGAAGCCCAUCGACUGCAUGUCCUCUGAUGCCAGUACACCUGUUGCUACCAGUCCUUCCUGUCCUCUGCCCGGUGUACCAGCUCACAGCUCCACUGAGAAGAAUGGCUGCUGUGCAGAAGUGGUGGAUGAUAACGAGAGGGAGAAGGAAGAGUGUGAGAUUCCCAGCGGGGGGAAAGCUGCUUCCGGCAGUGAGAAGCCUCAGGAACUGGAGUGCAAGAAGCAAGUGAGCGAGUCCGGAGCAGAGGAGAAAGGGGAGCGUGAGCUGCAGGAGCAGGCUGCACCCCCUCAUCCCAAAGCUGAAGAGACGAGUGAGGACAAAGAUGUUGCAGAAAGUCUGCAGAAUGGAGAGAUAAUGAAAGACAUGACGGAGGAAGAGAGCAGAAAGGAGCAGGCUGCCAAAGGAAAGUUUAUGUUCAACAUCGCAGAUGGAGGUUUCACAGAGUUGCAUACGCUUUGGCAGAAUGAAGAACGAGCUGCUGUUUCUUCUGGAAAGAUCUAUGAUAUCUGGCACAGGAGGCACGACUAUUGGCUACUGGCUGGCAUUGUUGCUCAUGGCUAUGCUCGAUGGCAGGAUAUACAAAACGAUCCCAGAUACACUAUCAUCAAUGAACCUUUCAAAGCAGAGAUGAACAAGGGGAAUUUCCUGGAAAUGAAGAACAAGUUCCUAGCCAGGAGGUUCAAGCUCUUGGAGCAGGCACUGGUGAUUGAAGAGCAACUACGGCGAGCUGCUUACCUCAACAUGACCCAGGAUCCCAAUCAUCCCGCCAUGGCUCUCAACGCACGCUUUGCUGAGGUUGAAUGUUUAGCCGAGAGUCACCAGCAUCUCUCCAAGGAGUCUCUGGCCGGCAACAAGCCCGCCAAUGCAGUGCUGCACAAAGUCCUGAACCAGCUGGAGGAGCUCCUGAGUGACAUGAAGGCAGACGUGACGAGGUUACCCAACAUGUUGUCCCGUGUUCCACCCGUUGCAGCACGGCUCCAGAUGUCAGAGCGAAGUAUCCUGAGUCGACUUGCAAAUCGGGGGAAUGAGCCCCAACAGCAGCCGUUCCCACAGGGUCAGUAUGGAGCGGCACAGAUGUACGGUAACAGCUUUGGGCCCACCUUCCGAGGGCCAGGGACAGGAGCCCUCAUCAACUACAACCAGAUGCCACUGGGUCCCUAUAUCAGCGCGACCACAAAUAUUUCUGCUGUGAAUGUCCCAGAUAAAAAGCACUUGUCGGAAGGACUGAAGGAAAUGGAAGCAGGAGAAAGGAAAGAUAAAGUCAGUGAUGUAAUCUGCAUUGAAGAUUGACAGCAAGUCACCAGGAGCAGCUCCCAGCUAACAGCCAGUCCAGCCAGCCACUGCACUCCUGACCUUCUUUAAACAUUCUUUGGAAACAUCAUGUGUUUUCAUCUGGGGAGAGGGUGGUGGGGUGAGGAGGUGGGGGGAGUGCUGUGCUCACUUGUACAUAUUUGCACUUUCUUUGCACGCUCGUGGAAGGCUGUUCCUGUUGCAUUGAGUGUUGUUUCAGGGAGAAUAACGCCAGAGGUUAGGGACAUAGGGCCAAGGGACAAGAAAAGCAUGAUCCUAACCAGAACUUGUAAACUCUGGAACUGAUUCUACAGAUUCUGCUCAGCAUAAUAUCCCUCAUCACCGUCAUUAACCCCCGGUACCCUCCAUAGUGUACAGUCCGUAAACUACCUCCCUCCCCAGCUACAGUGUACUCUUCCUAACCCCACCCCUCUCUAAUGUACUGGCCCACUACAGUGUUCUGCCCCCAACCAAAGUAUACCAUGCCUAACCCACCCACCCACCCACCCCACCUAUGGUGUAUUAUCAAGUCCAGUACAAUCUACCAUAAAUAACUCCUACCACUAUCAAUCACCCUCAGUAUCAUACACCAUCCUAGGUCACAAAGUGAACCCAGCCAGGGUUACCCUGCUCCCCUGAGAACUCAGAAUUCUUCAGGAUUCUUGUGAAAAGGAGUCACAUUUCGUAUGUUGGUUUGGGGGCACUUGGAGACUCCUGCAGUUUGUCAUGUAGACGGAAUACUCGAUUCUGGUACCCUACAUUCCAGGUAGGAAGUCCAUAGCUUGCAUAUUGUACAUUGGAUUUAAUUCAGCUUGGUUUGGAAUAAAGAACACAUCCUUGUUCUUGGUGAGGGUUCAUAGUUCUCAGCUUCUUUCCUGUGUUAGCAGGGCAGAGCCAGGAUUUUCCCCUUACAUGGCCUCCCAUUUACAGUGUUUUAGGUGCUGGAACAACAAAUUUGUGCCAUUGGACUAUCUUCUUGUAUUUUGAAGGAUGUUUGCUGAGACUGGGCUUUGACCCACUUUCAGAAUUACCACAUCCCUGGAAAAUUCUCCAUAUCUGAAUGCUGUAUCCAAUAAUUCUUGUACGUUACUGGUAAUCUGGAGGUACUUAUCCAAAAUUAUGCUACAAUAGCAGGUUGUAGCUGUGCACAGUGUAGAAUUCUGCCACACAGAAUGGAGAAAUCCUGGUCGUGCCUCUAGUUGGAAAGUGACUGAGUCAGGACAAGACCAGGGCUGUGCUCAGCAGUAAGGUCUCCCCCCAGUCAAUGCUGAUGCUCAAGGAUAACAAAUGGUUUAUGGAUAAGGUAAUGGUGGGCUGCCAGGGACCCUGGCACUCUCCUCCCCUUGCACCUACCAUACUGGACCCCACCUACCCUGGCAUCACAGAACCGACACAGCCAAAUUAGAAUUGGUGCCUUCAGGAGAGGGGGAAGCCCCAAAUCUCAUUGCUAUUGGUAAUGACUCACUCUUCCUGAAGCUGAUGUUUUUAUGAACCUUGUGAUGCAAUUUUUUUUUUUGCUAAAUGUCAAUUAAACUGGUUUAUUACAAGCAUCAAAAGGCUUGAAUAUUGAAAUUCCAAUUACCUUUUAAAGCCAGAGUAUAUAAAUUGAGGGGAAGUGUUGUAACUCAAAAGGUUUAAGCUUCUGAGGAUGCCCAUUUAGGAGAUUGUAUGCGAGGCCCCUCCCCACACUUUCUAUCCCUCUCUCAUUGCUUUUUAUCUUUGCUUUUCAUCCUUGGUUCUGUUCAAAGUUCUAUAUAGAUUAAAGUUGUUCCAUCAUGCUUACUGGCUCCUCAUUUUUCCUUAUUUUCUUUCUUUCUCCUCUUUCAUUCCCAUUUCCCUCUCACCCACGCUUCUAAUUUCCCUCCUCCCCACCCCUGGCUCUCCUUACUGUUCUCCUCUGUAAAGGUACUGACUGUUCUGCAUACUUGUUCCAGGAAGUCUGUGUCCUCCAGUUUCUCAGCCCUGUGCCUACACAUCAUGGGCAAGGGCUGAUGAUGUGUUUGGUCCAGGUUCGCGAAGGAGAAGCUGAUCCAUCCAUUAGAUAUUACCAAUCACAGUGAUGUUAACUCUUGGAGGAAGUAAAAAAACAAAAUAUAAGUGGGGUCAAUUUCUCUGGCAGAUUCAUCCUAAAUUUCUAAAGCCAAUCAACUAAGCUUCAGGGAUGAUGCAUACUAGCAACCAGACACAAGUGUCUGGAGUUGUAAACCCUACAGAGGUUGUACUUUUACAUUUAGCCAGGUUCUCACUUGGCACAAGUUCGGUUCUGCUUUCCCUACUAUCUCCAAUCCAAUGCAAGGUUGUUGGUUUGAGGGUGAUUUGAUAAAGCAUCUUUUUGCUUAACAGUGUUACGUUAUAAAUGGUAGGUAUUGUUUUGCUCACUUAAUACAUGGGAGACCUAUUGAGAGAAAUACCAGCCAUUUGCACAUAUCCGUUCAAAUCCCAGUGUUUUAACUUGUUUAUUUUUUUUAAAAACAGUACCUUGUCAGGUGUUAUUGUAUUUUCCAAUUUUGUGUACAGAACAUUACUGCUGUCCUACUUGAGAUUAAUAAGCUAUUUGGUAAGAAAGUCUCUCUCAAAUUGAAAGGCUUUAAGUUGACUGUAUAAAUUCAAAGUGCAUCUUAAUACAGUCCCUAAAAACAAUGCA